AUGGCCGGCGUCAACGGAAGCUAUGCCUCUCCAGCAGCAGAUGCAUCUCUGCACGCUGCUGUAGCAUCGCCUUCCGGCCUCUUCAUGGCCAUCUACAACAAUAUGUCCGGCUGGGGCGCUGUCCUUGCGCUCAUCCUCUUCGCCGUCGCCUACGAUCAAUUUAAAUACAUAUGGCUGAAAGGGUCGAUCGUCGGUCCACGAUUCAAGAUCCCCUUCAUGGGACCAUUCCUUGAGUCUGUCAAUCCAAAGUUCUCCGAGUACAAGGCGAAAUGGGCCAGCGGAGACCUGAGCUGCGUUUCCGUCUUCCACAAGUUUGUCGUCAUUGCUUCCACCCGUGAUAUGGCCCGCAAAGUGUUCAACUCGCCCAUGUAUGUCAAGCCAUGUGUCGUUGACUCGGCGCAUAAGCUCCUGGGCAAGACCAACUGGGUCUUUUUGGACGGUAAGGACCAUGUCGAGUACCGAAAGGGUCUCAACGGUCUCUUCACCAGACAGGCGUUGACCGUGUACAUGCCACUUCUCGACGGUGUCUACGAAAAGUACUUCAGCAUGUUCCUCAAGGAGUCCGCCAACAACGACCACAAGCCUAUCCCGUGGAUGCCGCAGUUCAGAGAGCUCAUGUGCGCUCUCUCCUGCCAGACCUUUGUUGGUGACUACAUGAACAGCGAGGCGGUGACCAAGAUUGCCAACGACUACUAUCUCAUCACCGCCGCCCUCGAGCUGGUCAACUUCCCCAUCAUCCUCCCGUUCAGUAAGACCUGGUACGGAAAGAAAGCCGCCGACAUGGUUCUGGCAGAGUUCAGCAAGUGUGCCGCAAAGAGUAAAGUGCGCAUGGCAGCCGGCUACGAGAUCUCAUGCAUCAUGGACGGCUGGGUAAAGGCCAUGCUCGACUCCGCUGAAUACCGUAAAAAGCUCGCCAAGGGUAUCGAGGUUCCAGACGCCGAGAAGCCAAAGCACAUUCUCCGUGACUUCACCGACUAUGAAAUCGCUCAGACCAUCUUCACUUUCCUCUUUGCUUCCCAAGAUGCCACCAGCAGCGCCUGUACCUGGCUCUUCCAGAUCAUGGCCGAUCGUCCAGACAUCCUCGACAAGGUCAGAGAGGAGAACUUGAGGGUCAGGAACGGCGACCGUAACGUCCCCAUUUCCAUGGAACUCCUCGAUCAGCUCACCUAUACCCGUGCCGUCGUCAGAGAGACCCUUCGAUAUCGCCCACCGGUCAUCAUGGUUCCGUACGAAGUCAAGAAGGAUUUCCCCGUCACACCUACCUACACUCUCCCCAAGGGCUCCAUGAUCGUUCCAUCCGUGUGGCCUGCCACCCACGACCCAGAGGCAUACGAAGACCCAGAGUCCUUCAUCCCAGACCGAUGGAUCACUGGUACCGCCGAGCAGAACGCAAAGAACUUCCUCGUCUUUGGAACCGGUCCCCACUAUUGUCUGGGCCAAACCUAUGCACAGCUUAACCUGAUGGCUAUGAUCGGUAAGGCCAGUAUGACUCUUGACUGGGAGCACCAUGCCACUCCCCAGUCUGAAGAUAUCAAAGUCUUCGCAACAAUCUUCCCACAGGACGACUGCCCACUCGUCGUACGACCACGACCAGAGUAA